AGGUAGCGCCGCUAUGUGGCCCCCGGACGCAGAACCGGAGCCCAAUCCGGAGUCCGCGGACAGCCCCCGAAGUGGCCGUACAGUGCCGGGACUCCGCGCCCUGUUGCCCGCGCGUGCCUUCCUCUGCUCUCUCAAAGGCCGCCUCCUGCUGGCCGAGUCGGGUCUUUCCUUCAUUACCUUCGUCUGCUAUGUGGUGUCCUCGGCAUCAGCCUUCCUCACGGUGCCUCUGCUGGAGUUUCUGUUGGCGGUUUACUUCCUCUUUGCUGAUGCCAUGCAACUGAAUGACAAGUGGCAGGGCUUGUGCUGGCCCAUGAUGGACUUCCUGCGCUGUGUCACCGCUGCCCUCAUCUAUUUCGUCAUCUCCGUCACUGCUGUUGCUAAAUACUCAGACGGGGCUUACAAAGCAGCUGGAGUGAGUGGCCGCCCUACCUACCCCUCUGUGGAGAUAGCCAACAGUGUCCCUUCCCUGGGGCUCUGGUUCAUCCCCCUUGCAACACCCACUUCCACAAGUGGGACCUGGGCAUUUCCUGCCCCUGCUUAGGCGCUUGGCACUCAUGUGAGUCUCUGAGGCUGGUGUCUACCAGGCUCACAACACAUCUCCCCUAUUUGCCAUGACACGGAAGGGCUCUGAGGCCUGCCCAUCAGUCCUGGUUGAGACAUCUUUUUUUUUUCAAUGCUGCUUGCUUAGGCCCAGUCUCCUGGCCUAUGAACCCAGAGGUCCUGGCCAUCCUGUCUGUUCCCUGCCAUAUGCCAUGCGUGUAUCCCACAGGUUUUUGGCUUUUUUGCCACAAUUGUGUUUGCAAUCGACUUCUACCUGAUCUUUAACGAAGUGGCCAAAUUCCUUAAGCAAGGAGACUCUGGGAACGAGACCACGGCUCGUAGGACAGAAGAAGGCGAGAAUUCCAACUCAGACUCAGACUCUGACUGAGGCCUGACUGCACCUGGCAACCGGAGCCACACAGCCCUCUCACCCAUACUUAUCCUGC